GAGCAUGAUAAAAUAUCGUAGCAUCUAUCCCUCUUCGAUCUGGACCCCCUCCAUAUUAUUAGCAUGAAGUUCUUGUAAUCUAAUAUUGAGUCUCUGAAUCUUCAUCGCCGACAAUGUCGACUCCUCCAUCCACUGAUCUUGAAGCCGUGCUCAAGACUUUCCCUCACUGCGGCCUCAAUUGCUUUCUGGAAGCAGUCGUUAGCCAGUCUAACUGCACCAUUUCGGAUCCAGCAUGUGCUUGUGCCAGUCAACCCCUACAGAAGGCUGCAGCCGAGUGUAUCGCCCAGUCAUGUACCUUGCCUGACGCACUCAAAACCCAGAAUUUAACAAAUUCGUUAUGCGGUAUCUCAUCUUACCAUGACCGAACGUACCUUGAAGUUAUCUAUACCUUCGUCGCUUUAGCCUCCGUUUUUGUCGCGUUACGCUUUCUUGCUCGAUUGGCCAAACGCAACCCGCUUUGGUGGGACGACUACUUCACUCUUCUAUCACUGCUUGUUGCCAUUGGAUUCACUUCUGUUUGCGGAGCUUAUGACAGGCUUGGGGUUGGUCUUGAUAUUUGGGCGGUACCACAGCAAAAUCUACAAUCCAUCCUCAUUCUUUUGUACACAGCAUUGUUAUGCUACUCUGUAUCCCGAUUUUUUGUUCGGGUGUCCCUCAUUCUUUUUCUAUUACGUAUCUUUCGCGUAUCUGGCGCGCGACAGCUCAUUAUCCUAACGCUCAUACUCAACGCGGCUGUCACCACCGCUUGGAUGUUUUGUAUAAUUUUCCAAUGUACUCCCGUGGCCUACUUCUGGAAAGGAUGGGAUGGUUUACAUGAUGGCUCCUGUAUAGAUCAGUGGGCUAUGUUCCUUGCCGGAGGCAUUGUUGCAACAGCGCUGGACGUUUUCCUCAUUCUGCUUCCCGCACGCUGGAUCUUCCAACUGCAAUUCUCACUUGCUAAGAAGAUGACUACUAUUGCUAUGUUUUCCCUCGGUUUAAUAGUCAUAGUUACUAGUGUUUUGCGCAUCGUAGCCCUUCACAAGUUUAUUUUUUCGAAUAACCGAACCCGUGACUUAACAACUCUCGUCAUCUGGGGUGGUAUGGAGCUCUACGUCGCUAUAAUCUGUGCGUGCCUCCCAAGCUUGCGGCCGCUGGUUCAGAUGACUGUCACGCGGUUCCAAUCCUGGGCAACACGAGGUUCCCAAAACAGCGUGUCCUCGUCUUCGGGCAAUCAAAAGUAUUGGAUUCGAAGUAGCAGCAAAAAAGGGCUACCGGACAACAGCAUCCAACAAGCCAAAGCAGGUGUAGUGGUAGGCCGUCCCCCAAACAUCUGGCUCACUACCACUAUACAACAACAGCACCAGGCACGCCCGGCUUCAGAGUCUGAACUAAACCUGACAAAAAUGAUGACGAACGAUAUCGAACUAUACGACCGACAAAAGGGCAACUCCCGGGGAGACGCGUGGGCUUAGACAACAAACAGUUUGGUUAUUGAGAAAAUGGGCAGGUCAUUACCAAAUAGCAACUCAUGUAGUUGGAUGCAGGUGGGCUGGGGUAGAUUAGGAAGAUCCUUGAGCUUCGUAGGAGUGAUUUCGGUGUAACAUUUGGGAUGAAUGGGAUGCAUCAUACUUGAAACAGCUUAGCUCGCAAAUGAAAAAUAGGGGUUAAAAUAA